GGGAGUCUUAUUUGUGCCUGCGAGAACUAGGGCAGUGAGAGAGGUCUUGGUGUGAAAAGGUAGUGAGGAAGAUUUAGAGCUAAGGGAGAGAUCCCAGGCGUGAAAAAAAGGAGGCGUAAUAUCCAUUUUCUUGGGGAAGGGGGACGGAGUACCUUUGGAAAGUGUUGGGGAACAGUGUCUGUACCGAGAGUUAAAUUCAUGUGCAGAGGGUGCAUUCUAGUUAUCCCUAGAAUGAGCUGGAAAGGAAAUGUAUUUGUUUUGUUUUCUAAAGUACUGAUAACUAUGACAACAUGAAGAUUUGGGUAUCCCUGGGGUGUUGUAGGUUGUUGAGAAAGAUGACAUUUGCUACAUAGAGGGGGUGGCUGGGUAUUCUUGGGAUGAAGGUGCGAUGCCUCAUUGGUAAGAAGUUGGGGGUCUCAGCGUGAAAUAGAAGAGAUCUCAUUCUUGGAAUGGGGCUUUUUGUGAACAAGAAAAAGUUAAACUGGGCAUCAGUGACUAAUCCUUCCUACUAGAGAAGCUGAGAUCAGGAAUUCAGCUGGAGGCUAGCUGGGGCAGAAAAGUGAGAGCGAUCCCUUCUGAAGCUGUAGCUGGGCUGGGUCAUGUGCAGCCUGUCAUCUCUGCUAUGAUAGGAAUCCUAACAUAAGCAGAUCAGAUAGCCUAUCAAAAAUAUAUGGCUCCCAAAAGGAUUGGAGGCAUAGCUCAGUGGUAGAUUGCCAGCCUAGUAAGCAUGAGGCACUAAUUUCCCACAACAGUACUGCCAAUUGAAAAAUAUAUAUAUAUAUCUAGGUGUGGUGGUGCAUCCUGGCAUUUGAGAAUGAGGCAGAAGGAUAGUUUGUGAAGAGAGGCGCUUCCUCGAAUAGGUUAAGGAUGGGGUGGACCUUUAUGCAAAGAAGGAAAGGAUUAGGUUGGUAGGAAGAGGAACUGUGGAUAUCCUUGGAUGAGUUAGGGUGGCUAUAUACAAAGAGGAGUUCAAGUCAAUGUGAAGAGGGGACCUGUGUGCCCAGAAGGAAUUAGAAUUGACUUUAUGUUAGUACAGAGAAGUGAUUAAUGUGUGUCCCCAUACCUGAGGGCAUGUAGUAGGACGAUGGGUAAGGUCUAGGUUCAUGAAAGGAUUAGGCUUUUGUGAAGCUCAGUACCUUGCUGUUGCCAUGACUGAGGAGUCUGAGGAGACAGUCCUGUACAUUGAACACCGCUAUGUGUGCUCUGAGUGCAACCAGCUGUAUGGAUCCCUGGAGGAGGUGCUGGUGCACCAGAACUCCCAUGUGCCCCAGCAGCACUUUGAGCUGGUGGGCGUGGCCGACCCUGGAGUCGCGGUGGCUACAGAGACUGCUUCAGGCACGGGUCUCUAUCAGACCCUGGUACAGGAGAGCCAGUACCAGUGCCUUGAGUGUGGGCAACUGCUGAUGUCACCCAGCCAGCUCCUGGAGCACCAGGAGCUACAUCUGAAGAUGAUGGCACCCCAGGAGACAGUGCCAGCAGAGCCGCCCCCCAAGGUGCCCCCCCUGAGCUCCAGCACCAUCCACUACGAGUGUGUAGAUUGUAAGGCUCUCUUUGCCAGCCAGGAGCUCUGGCUGAACCACCGGCAGACACACCUCCGGGCCACCCCCACCAAGGCUCCUGCCCCUGUUGUCUUGGGGUCCCCAGUUGUCCUAGGGCCCCCUGUGGGCCAGGCCCGUGUAGCUGUGGAGCACUCAUACCGAAAGGCAGAAGAAGGUGGGGAAGGCAUCUCUGUCCCCUCUGCUGCAGCCACUACCACUGAGGUAGUAACUGAGGUGGAGCUGCUCCUCUACAAGUGCUCCGAAUGCUCCCAGCUCUUCCAGCUGCCUGCCGACUUCCUGGAGCACCAGGCUACCCACUUCCCUGCUCCUGCCCCAGAGGUUGAAGAGCCUGCCUUGCAGCCUGAGACCCUAACCCCUUCAGCCUCAGAGGCACCCGUGUCUCAGCCUGAUGCGCUGCCAGCUUCUGAUCAUAGUUAUGAGCUGCGCAAUGGGGAAGCCAUUGGGCGUGAUCGGCGAGCACGGAAGCCGCGGAGGAGCAGCAGCACAGAGCCAGGGGGCACAGCCACCCAGGAACUUUUCUGCUCAGCCUGUGACCAGAUCUUUCUCUCACCCCAUCAGCUGCAGCAGCACCUGCGAAGUCACCGGGAGGGCGUUUUUAAGUGCCCCCUCUGCAGCAGGGUCUUCCCCAGCCCUUCCAGUCUAGAUCAGCACCUAGGCGACCACAGCAGCGAGUCCCACUUCCUGUGUGUGGAUUGUGGCCUGGCCUUUGGCACGGAGGCCCUCCUCCUGGCCCACCGGCGAGCCCACACCCCAAACCCUCUGCAUUCAUGCCCCUGUGGGAAGACCUUCGUCAACCUCACCAAGUUCCUUUACCACCGGCGUACCCAUGGGGCAGGAGGUGUCCCUCUGCCUACAACGCCGGUCCCACCCGAGGAGCCUGUCAUCAGUUUUCCUGAGCCAGCCCCUGCAGAGACCCGAGAGCCCGAGGCCCCAGAGCCCCCCGUGUCUGAGGAGAGCACAGUGGAGCCCGCUGCCCCCAGCACCUACCGCUGCCUCCUGUGCAGCCGUGAGUUUGGCAAGGCAUUGCAGCUGACCCGGCACCAGCGCUUUGUGCAUCGUUUGGAGCGGCGCCAUAAGUGCAGCAUUUGUGGCAAGAUGUUUAAGAAGAAGUCUCAUGUGCGGAACCACCUGCGUACACACACGGGGGAGCGGCCCUUCCCCUGCCCCGACUGCGCCAAGCCCUUCAACUCUCCUGCCAAUCUGGCCCGCCACCGACUCACGCACACUGGGGAGCGGCCCUACCGCUGCGGGGACUGUGGCAAGGCUUUCACGCAGAGCUCCACACUGAGGCAGCACCGCCUGGUGCAUGCCCAGCACUUCCCCUACCGCUGCCAGGAGUGUGGGGUGCGUUUCCACCGCCCUUACCGCCUGCUCAUGCACCGCUACCACCACACCGGCGAGUAUCCCUACAAGUGUCGUGAGUGUCCCCGCUCCUUCUUGCUGCGCCGGCUGCUCGAGGUGCACCAGCUUGUGGCCCACGCGGGGCGCCAGCCCCACCGGUGCCCAUCCUGUGGAGCUGCCUUCCCGUCCUCACUGAGGCUACGGGAGCACCGCUGUGCCGCUGCCGCUGCCCAGGCCCCACGGCGCUACGAGUGUGGGACCUGUGGCAAGAAAGUGGGCUCAGCUGCUCGACUGCAGGCCCACGAGGCAGCCCAUGCCGCCGCUGGGCCCGGAGAGGUCCUGGCUAAGGAACCCCCAGUUCCCAGGGCCCCAAGGGCCACGCGCACACCAGUUUCUUCUCCAACAUCCCUGGGAGGCACAGCCUCCGCAGCCCCCGCAGCCCCUGCCCGGCGCAGGGGCCUGGAGUGCAGCGAGUGCAAGAAGCUCUUCAGCACCGAGACAUCGCUGCAGGUGCACCGGCGCAUCCACACGGGCGAGCGGCCCUACCCGUGUCCAGACUGCGGCAAGGCCUUCCGGCAGAGCACACACCUGAAAGACCAUCGGCGCCUCCACACUGGCGAGCGGCCCUUUGCUUGUGAAGUAUGUGGCAAGGCCUUCGCCAUCUCCAUGCGCUUGGCAGAACACCGUCGCAUCCACACGGGUGAACGGCCCUACUCCUGUCCCGACUGUGGCAAAAGCUACCGCUCCUUCUCAAACCUCUGGAAGCACCGCAAGACUCACCAGCAGCAGCAUCAGGCAGCAGUGCGCCAGCAGCUGGCAGAGGCAGAGGCUGCUGUUGGCCUGGCUGUGAUGGAGACUGCAGUGGAGGCGCUGCCCCUGGUGGAGGCCAUUGAGAUCUACCCUCUGGCCGAGGCUGAGGGAGUCCAGAUCAGUGGCUGACUGCCCUCCUCCCCUGUCACUAUGUGGCAUUGCCCAAGGCCUCUGAGCAUCCCCUUGUUUGUAUAUACUGUACCCUCUCCCCUCCCACCACCAUGUAAGUGCUGUAAUUGGAUCUAUUCUCUUUGAGGUGGAUGUUCUGGGGUCCUUGCUUUACAUAAAGGUGUCCCCCAUACACCUAUCUGUUGGCCGCAACGUGAAGCAGUCAAUAAAGACUGAGUUGGACAUUU